GAUGUAGCGUGCCCGUCUAUAUCUACGUAUGGGUGGUGACUGUGGACACAAUGAGUUAAGCUAGCAGUUGAACCGGACGGCGUGUUGUCUGCUGCUAACAUUUUUAUCGAACUGCAGAUACAAAGAAGGGCACACCUCACUGUAGGAAUCGAAUAAGAAGAUAUUUUAAUCUGGUGAAAUGAGUCAAAGUGACCAAUUCCCCCUUGACUGCAAGGUUUAUGUUGGGAAUCUAGGAAACAAUGGAAACAAGACUGAGUUGGAAAGUGCUUUUGGGUACUAUGGUCCUUUAAGAAGUGUUUGGGUUGCCAGGAAUCCCCCCGGCUUUGCUUUUGUAGAGUUUGAAGAUCCCAGAGAUGCAAACGAUGCUGUGAAAGAACUGGAUGGAAGACACAUGUGUGGCUGUCGGGUGCGUGUCGAGUUAUCCAAUGGAGAAAAGCGCUCAAGGAGCCGUGGCCAUCCUCCAUCCUGGGGUAGACGGCCUCGCGAUGAUUUAAGACGACGUAGUCCUCCUGUCAGACGCAGGAGGAGGAGCCGCAGUCGCAGCAGGUCUCUUUCAAGAGACAGAGGGAGACAACGAUCUCUCUCCAGAGACAAGAAGUGCCCAAGAUCCAUCUCACGGUCAAGGAGUCGUUCCCGGUCAAAUGACCGAAAAUGAGGACCUCAAACGAUCAUCCAUCUGCGGAUCUUGCUAUGGUUGAGGGAAAAUACUAAUUUUUAUAGUCAUGUUUUUCUUUUCUCCUGGGUUGGUCAAGUUGCAUAUUGUGUAUUGGCAGUCUGUUGAUUUUAACAACAAAGGACUAGUCUUUUUCUCCUAAAGCAAAUUCUAUCUUACCCUGCAUGUUUUGAAAUGGAAUACUGGUUUAUUUAGUUUUACAUUACCAUCCUGUUUUUUAAAUUUUUUUUUUAACCGUUGAAUUAAAGUUCAUGUAAUGUUUUAUUUGCUUUUUUAAAUUCUUGGUUGACUCUUAAAUUACCAGCAAUGGUGUCAUGAGAUGCACCAGUAGGAGCAUACUUUAUACUAGUGAUGAAAAUUGGACUGGCAACAAAUGAUGUUCAAUACUGGCACUGUAAUUUGCAGGCUAUCAAUAAAGCCCAAAACGUCUAAUUCGGUGUUGUACCUCUGUCACUUUUGCAAAUAAAAAUAAAUCAUUAACUCAAUUCAA